CCUACCAGCACCACGGAACGGAAAUAAACCAUUUUCCACCAGUCUUCGUACCCACUCCGUCACAUACCCACGCGCUCCUCUCUCUCUCUCCUCGGCUCCUCCUAUUCCCCCUCCGCGUCUCGCGGCCGUAACCCUAGCCCCCCCGCGAAGCGCCAUCCGACGGCGACGGCGACGACGUCGUGGGAUCUGAUCUGGACCUCUGGAUUGCCUCCGCCGGGGUCCGUGUCGGUGGAGCUGCGCCCGUGGUUGCUCGAUUUUGUGCCCGCCCCAGCUUCCGAUUGGGGCUAAAUAUCCCCAUAGGCUCGAGUUUCAUCUUGGGAGGGUGAAUAUGCUAUUUGUGAUAUCCAAUUUUUCAUCACAUGGAUGAAUUCUGAAGAUUUGGUUGUAUAUAAGUCAAGACAGUAAGGGACAUUGAUUUAUUUCCACAAUCAAUAUGGGGGCUAAUUGUUGCAUAGCUGCCAAGCAGAGGCCUGAGCCAUCAGUAGCUUCAGUUGAAGUUUCGGCAUACAGGACAAGACACUCGCCGUCAUGGAGCUUCCGGUGGGACAACCGCACACACAUAGAGGAUAUAAUGGAAAACGCUGCACUGUUUUCCAAUCACAGUAGUGGAAACAUUCGUCCAGAACUAAAGAGUGGUUCCAUUGCACCAACCGAAGGCCAUCCCAAUGAGGACAAUCUCUCUGAUGUUUUCCGCGGGGUCAAAUGUCAAAAACCUGAUAAGAAGAUGGAAGCGUCCAAACGUUCCAAAGCUGGUCCUCAAGCCGUUCAAUCUACAGCGAGCAAUUCACCUCCUGAGGCAAAGUCCUGCAAAUCAUCAGAUAUGGUAAAUGUUGCUUCAGACAUAAAGACAUCAAAGUCCCUUCCUUCAACACCACCCCUAGUAUCCAGAACAGACCCUUCAUCCUCUAGGUGUCAUUCUCUUCAUGUGGACUCAUUCUCAAUGAGGAAAGCUCGUCGAUCACCUGGACAUCAACUAUGUAGGCAGAUCUCGGACGGCAAGAUCCCAUCUCUCAAGUCCUUCAGUGAGAGUAGCUAUGCAGGAGGAAGGCCAUCGAGUUCCAUGCUCUCGACCUACAGUAAUGAUCCAUUUGGAGGAGGAUCACAACAUGGUGGAUCAUCAGAUGGAUGGUCAACUCGCACAUUUUCUGACUUAGUGGCCUCAUCUCAAAGAGAGAGGUGGUCAGUUGACAGUGAGCUCUUUGGCUCCAUCAGCAGUAAAAUAGCUAGAUCAAAUGAUUCACAUGCAACUGCUCUCUCUCCUGACGAAGGGAUAUGCAAGCUGUGUUCAAAGCUAUUAAAGGAACGUUCUACAUGGAGUGCUCAUGAUCUGGGUGUAGUAGCUGUUUUAUUCUGUGGUCAUGCAUACCAUGCAAACUGUUUGGAUAGUACUACUUGUGAGAGCGAGAAAUAUGAUCCUCCAUGUCCUGUAUGCACCCAUGGUGAGAAAGGUGCAGCAAAGCUAUUUGGUAAGUUGGACUCAAAGAUUAAGAGCAGGAAAUCUAAAAAUGUGAUGUCAGAUACUGAUAUAGAUAGGAUCUCUAAGCACAAGAGAAGUAUGAGGGAGCCCAGGUUAGGCACAAGUUCUAGCAUGAAGGAUUCAUUUCGUCGACCAUUUUUAAAGAGGCAUUUUUCAAUUGGUUCUCGACCGCCAAGAUCAGUUCUGGGGAGUGAGCCAACAGGAAAGAAAGGUUUCUGGGCAAGACACUGGAGAGAAUAGCCAGCUACAUCUCAUCAACGUGGUUAGCAUCUUCGAAAUCAUUACAUGGUGUGAGCUCUUGAGCGAGCAAGGAUAGAAGUGAAGCUACAUAUUUUUAUGUUUUGGUACUAUUCAUUAAAGCACACUUUGUGCUGAACAAAUCUAGUGAGACUAGAAAUUGUCUUACACCUGCAACUGAGGAUUGUUGCGGUCUAACUUUAUUCCUAGGCAAUGUAAUAGAAUAGAAAAUGGGAAUAGUCUCCCAGGGUGGAUUUAAGGGUUUAAAUCUGCUAUGUUAUAUUGUUAUCUUUCCAGUCUCUUUUGUAAUCGUUAUUUGUCAGUUAGCAUAAUUUAAAGACUAGCAUCCAGAUAGUUCUCUUCA